GCUGCGUGGUAGCGAUGGCGGCUGUGGGUGAGACUUUCCCCGUCAGCGGAUCCGGCUGGCCCUGCCGGCGGGCGGUGGGGCCGCGCCCCGCCCCGCGCCCGCAGCAGCCCCGAGCAGCCGAGCGGCACCGGACCGGCACCGAGCCCGGCCCAGCCGGACCCAGCGGCGCCGGGCGGAGCCGAUCCGCGCCGCGCCGGGCAGCGGGCGGCGGCGGGCAGCGCCAUGGGGCCGCUGGAGCGGCUGCGGAAGGAGUGGUUCAUCCUCGGCAUCGUGCUGGUCAUCGCCGUGGCGCGGCUGGAGCCCGGCGUCGGCGUCAAAGGCGAGCUGAAGUUUGAGGAUAGACAGCUUCUCACUGAGGAGCCAAACUUUCCCCACCUCUUAGGUUCUGGGAAAAAAAGAAAGUGAUUAAAAAAAAUGUGGCUCUGAACACGUGCUGUGGCAACUAAGGCUCCGGUACUUCAUGGAGUUGAGGGACCCUUGAAACCAGAAAUUACCAUAACUUACAUUGCCGUUUCAGCUAUAUUCUUUAACAGUGGACUCUCCUUAAAGACCGAGGAGCUGACAAGUGCUUUGAUGCAUGUGAAACUGCACCUUUUUGUCCAGCUUUUUACACUUGUGUUCUUCCCAACAGCAAUAUGGGUCUUUCUUCAGCUCUUAUCAAUCACACCUAUAAACGAAUGGCUUUUAAAAGGCUUGCAGACAGUGGGCUGCAUGCCACCUCCUGUGUCUUCUGCUGUGAUUUUAACCAAAGCUGUUGGUGGGAAUGAGGCAGCUGCUAUAUUUAAUUCUGCUUUUGGAAGUUUUUUGGGCAUUGUUAUAACUCCACUUCUGCUUUUGCUUUUUCUUGGAUCAUCCUCCUCUGUGCCUUUUACAUCCAUUUUCUCGCAGCUGUUCAUGACUGUUGUAGUCCCUCUUAUCAUUGGACAGACUGUCCGGAGGUACAGCAAGGACUGGCUGGAGAGGAGGAAGCCUCCCUUCGGUGCCAUCAGCAGCUGUGUGCUCCUCAUGAUCAUCUACUCCACCUUCUGCGACACCUUCGCCAACCCCAACAUCGACCUGGAUAAAUUCAGCCUGGUUGUGAUCGUGUUCAUCAUAUUUUCUAUUCAGAUGAGCUUCAUGUUUUUGACUUUCCUCUUCUCCACAAGGAGUAACUCUACUUUCACACCAGCAGACACAGUGGCUAUUGUCUUCUGUUCCACACACAAAUCCCUCACGCUGGGGAUUCCCAUGCUGAAGAUAGUGUUUGCAGGUUAUGAGCACCUGUCCUUAAUUUCCGUCCCUUUGCUCAUCUAUCAUCCUGCUCAGAUCCUUCUUGGCAGCCUGUUGGUACCAACGAUAAAAUCCUGGAUGGUUUCUAGGCAAAAGGCACUGAAGCUAACCAGGCAGCCCAAAGCCCCCGUGAAGGUCUGACUGUGGAGGCGGCUGUGUCACAGUGAAUGUAGAUAUGUACUAUACUGCACACACGGACAGCUGACACACCUGGGGUUUGUGAAUGUUGCUUCAGUGCAUAUUUUAUUUUUUUAUAUAUAUCUAUCUAUAUAUAUAUUAAAAGAUACCUGUUAAGUGCCUUACAGAUGCAUUUUUGGCAAAAGCAUUGUUUUCAGAAGCCACCUUGUUGGUUUCUUUAAGAGGUUGUACAGUAUUUUGGAGUCCUUAGUUUAUUUUUCUAACCGAGUGAAUGGUCAUGACUGGCAGCUGGUUCUUCCAGUGCCCCUGCUUUGAAGCCAGGGUGCAGCAGCUGCAAGUCUCUGUUUUAAACUAGCCAAAAUGACCAGGAGCCUGUCCCACUGCUGGCUUACCCUGGGGAAGAGCUUUCUGAAGGGGUUUUUCUGAGAUUGACUUGAAUUUCUGUGUGACUCUGUUACACUCCCUAGUCAUAUGACUGUGACAUGCCUUUUUCUUCUGAGUUUGUGUAUACUCAGCAUGGGGCCAUCCAAUGGAUAGAAGCUGAAAAGCAUGAAUUAUUUGCAUUUGUUGACACAGUUGUCUAGACAUUCCUUCAAAGUUAAUGGUUUCUCAAGAAAAUUCUUUUAAUUCCAUUGUAUGAUAUUGUGCCAUUGUAUAUCUUAAAUGCCUCAUAAGCUUCUUCAAAGAAAUGGUCUGGUGCUUGGGUUAUGAGUGAAGUAUUUGUGUUUGCAGCUAGGAGAUCUUUUUAUAAUUUACCCCUGAAGAUCACAAAUUUCUGGUUUCCCUUUUUUCUUUUCCUUUCCCCUGUGCAGUGCACAGAGACCUGCACGGAGAAUUUAGGAUGCUGAAACAGAGCCUUUAUUGUAGUAAGCCAAGCUGUGUUUUCUCUAUUGCUGCAUUGGUAAUGAAUAAUAGCUUAUGAGGACAAGAAAGUUGAUAAUUUUGGAGGUUUUUUUGCUAAUUUAAAGGAUCCUUAUAGUAACAGAAACUAUCCUAGCUCAUUUGACAAUCAAUCACAACUUUUUUAAAAAUAGUAUUACUCUUUCUAAUAAGCUUAUAGAAAAAAAGAAUACAAAAUUCUAUUUGUAGAUGUUGAAGAGAAAGGACCACAGGAAUAUAUUUAAACAUGCAGCCAGCACUGCAUCUUGUCUGGGGGAUGAAGAUUCCUGAAACGUGCUCUAGUCCAGACUGGGGGUGUGCCCAUCUGCAAAAAGUGUGCUGGCAAACGUGCAUUAAAACUUUAAAUAAGGAGGGAAUAGGUCAAUGUGGGCUCGGUAUCAGUGCAGAGCUCGCGUGUGUGUCGUGGUCAGCACUGCAGCUAACGGUGAGUGCAGACACUUGGAGAGAGUCUCCAGCAAAUGUGGAUUACUGGAGCUCUGACAAGGCUGUCAGAUCUUCUGUGUGACAACAGGCAUGUGAAAUUCAUAUCUUUUUGCCUUACUAAAACAAAUAAUUGUGCUUGGUUUACCUAGUCUGUUACUUCAGUCCUGUGAACAGCAGGAACAGAGUAAUGUGGUUCCAAUCCUCGGUGCUUUACCUGGUGGCCACUCCCUGUUCCAUCUGUGUGAGGAGCUGUGGGGGGCAGAGAGCCUCACCCCGUUCAGAACUGGCACACCAAAAAAGGACCAGUGACAAAGGUAGGGGAGGUGGCACAUGAAUUCUGAGCUCUUUCCUUCCCUGCAGGGGAUCAGGCUGUCCCUGUGGGAGGGCUGAGGACACUGCCCCUGUCCCCAGAGCAGUGAGCUCAGUUUGGUCAGUGAUCCCUGGAUAGCACAGGCAGAGCCACCCACAGGCCUGUGAGGAACUGGAGACUUCCUGGGCCAAAUUCUCAGUUCCACUUCCUUGAGCAUUCAAAGUGGUAACUGGUUCCAAAUGGGAAAAAAUUCCUCUGGGUUUAAAAACCCCACUUGCAGCAGGGGAUUGCUUCCAAACUCAGGACAGUUUCUUUUUGUUCUGCUUCCAUAAACCCGAAUUUCCAGAGAAUAUAAAGACCUUAUCCCAAUCCCACUGAAAUCGAGGACCCUUCCUGUUGGUUUUGGAUGGUGAGACGACAGGCCCAGAGCAGUGUUCCCUUUAUUCAGAGAGUCCAAGCAGACAGCAGCUGACUGUGGUUGUGUCAGUGCUAAAUAGUCAGAACACUGCAAGUUCCCUUACUGAGCUACCUCUGUACUGAAUCUCUGCCUUUCAGUACUUCCAUCAACUUGCUUAGAUUCCAUCGAACACAUCCUUUGUUUGGGGUUUUUUUCCAUACAUUUAAGAGUAUUUCAAGCUGUUUUACAAUGUAGUUUUGUUAGUCUUUACAAAGUCUUUGUUGAUUGCUUUGGGGCAGAUUAAAUAUUGUGUACGAGUGUUGGAGGUGUUGGUCUAAAGGGAGUAUCAAGCUAAACUGAAAUACGUAUUUUAAAUCCAUAAUGAAACUGAAUUGUGCACAUCAAUUCUGUUAAGACUGUUAAGAUGUUUGUUUUAUGGUUUGUUAUAUGUCUUUAAUAAACAGGAUCAUUUUGAAUUCAAUUUUGUUAAAAGGAGAACAAGAUGAUAAAAUUAUUUAGCCUCUAAGUCACAUUUUUACCUCUGUUAUCUGUUUUAUUCUUUUGUGGGUGAGCAUUUAAACUGUUUGCUUGGUUUUUUUCUUUAAAAAAAAGCCCAUUAACUGUCUGGAAAUACUUUAUGAACUUGGGGAAAGAAAGUCCUCUGAAUACUGCUAGUUGUCAUCAAUUGAAAAUUAAUGCAUUGAACCUAGCCAGGUUUUCAGUAAAGGCUUAGAACAGUUGUGAAUCAUUUCAAAUCCUUGUCUUUAAAUUUAACUGACAUUAAACACAAUCAGACAGAAAUGAUGGCAAAUGAGAAUGUUACGACAUUAAGAUUUUCAUCAACACUUCCUAUUUCUGCAUCUCUAUAAUCCCAUUUAACGAUAGCAGAAGAAAAAACCCACCCAAACAAUAAAACAGCACUUCAGAGGUCAUGGGCAGUGUUAGCACUUGGCGUUGAGUUACUCAAAUGUGUUAUUUCCCUUUUUGUGCAUUAAAUUGAAACGGUUUUGAUGACUCCAGUAACUUAUCAAGGUAAACAAUUUUUAAUGCAGUUGAAAUCAAAGAUGUGGUUGUGUUUUCCUGGUUGAUCCUUUAGUCAGUGUGAGCAGGUUGUGUGCUGGAGAGGCAGUCUCAGCAGAAGCUGCACAGUUGUGCUUGUUCACAGAGCAGAAGGAGCUGGGUUUUACAGGAGCAGUCCCCUGCAUUACUCUGGCAGUCAGGGAAAAAGGAGCUGUUAGUUUUAUUUGUGUACAUUUUUCUGUGGAAAUAUCUUGACAGCGGGAGGUUAGGAGGCAAGAUGAAAUAUGGUCUGUCUGCAAGCACACUGAUUUAUGUGCGAGUGCAUACGUGCAUAAGAGAUGAGCAGUUAUAGAUGUAGAAAUGACUAGAAAGGGCCAAGUCCCUGGGAUACUUUUUUUUUUGCAAGACUACAUAUGGAGAAAGAGCUACUUUUUUUGAUGUUAUUCUGCCAUUAAAAAUGAAAUUUCAGAGA